AGAGAGACAAAGAGAGAGAGACAGAUUUCUCCUCCAGCUCCUCCUCGUGUCUCACAGCAGCCCUGCUCUCUUCUUCUUCUUCUUCUCCUCCUCGCCUCUCGGCUCAGACUCCUGCAGGUGGCGGCAGCCAUGUGGCGGGUGUGUGUGAGGCUGCUCCUGCUGCUCCCCGUGGUCGUCUGCGUGCCCUCCCCCUCCAGACCGCCGUCCCGGCUGUGCAGACGCUGCUGCGACCAGCAGGACCCCGCGCCGUCCGCGGCCCACUACGAGAUGCCCGAAGUCCGAACCGUCAUCAACAUGACCAUCCUGAAAGGUGAUAAAGGCGACAAAGGAGACAAAGGGACACCUGGAAAGCCAGGUCUGGAGGGCUCCCCUGGCUACAGAGGCCCGAUGGGUCCUAAAGGCAGCAAGGGCCAGGCGGGCGCCCCCGGCGACCCCUGCAAGACCCCCCAGUCCUCCUUCUCCGUGGGGCGCCGCAAGUCCCUGCACAGCCUGGACUACUACCAGGCGCUGGUGUUCGACACGGUGUUCGUCAACCCCUACGAGCACUUCAACAUGUUCAAGGGCAAGUUCUACUGCUACGUCCCGGGGGUCUACUUCUUCAACGUCAACAUCCACACCUGGAACUUCAAGGAGACCUACCUGCACCUCAUGCACAACGACAAGGAGCAGGUGAUCCUGUACGCACAGCCCAGCGAGCGCUCCAUCAUGCAGAGCCAGAGCGUCAUGCUCAGCCUGGCGCUGGACGACGAGGUGUGGGUGCGGCUCUACAAGCGCGAGCGGGAGAACGCCAUCUACAGCGACGACGUGGACGUUUACAUCACCUUCAACGGGUACCUGGUGGCGCCCGUCACCCAGUGAGAACUCUGGAUCCGGUGGUUUAGUCUCUGCUCUCCACCGACGCCGCUGUGGAUCUGAAGAGAAGGACUUUAAUUCGAGGAAACUGACAUUUUUGCUGCUUAUUAACCUUCCUUUUUUUCUUGGGAAGGUGCCUAAUCUUUAUUGAAAAUGUUAAAAUCUGAACCAGCAGUUCAAACUGUUCUCAUCCAGGGAAAAAAAAAAAGUUCAAAUGCUUCCUUUGCACUAGAAAAAAAAAAAAAAAACAUGUUUUUUUUGUACAGAGUAAAUCAUUUUUCCUCCUCCGGUGCUGCAGGUCCCUCGUGGAUCCUCCCUUCAGCGACUCGCUGGAGAAACACAGGCUGUGUCACUUGUCAGGAAUUAUAAAUCUGUGCAAUCAAUUUUAUCCAGCAUGAGCGGUGUGGAGCUUCUGUCACACCGAGUCGUGUUCAGACAGGCUGUUGUCUCACUUCUGACAAAUCUUUCCUCUGUGCUUUUCAGAAAAAAAAAAAAAGAAAAAAAAAAUCUCUGAAAAGGUCAGUUCAUCCAAAACACAAGAGAAGAAGUGUCCCACUUUCCUGUCCUGGC